AUGUAUGCGCACGAAUAUCGCCAUUGUGCGAGAGUUCUGGUCGAGAGUCCACGAGACGGUCAAGACAUGGAAAACCGCAAGCCCAAGCUCCAGUGUGAAGAGUGUCUAACAAUUUCCAGCAAAAAGACUCCAAACCCUGAGACUCGCUGGCAGUAUGAUCUCUGA